AUGUACUACCUAUUGACUCACAAAUUUCUGAUUAUUAUGUUGCUACCGUUAAAUAUAGAUACAAAGAAAUGGACACAAUUUAGAGACAAAUUAGAUUAUGUCAUAAACAGUUGUACUCUUAGAAAUGUUUCUGCCUCUACAACUUGGUCUCAAUCCACUUUGAACAAAUAUUAG